UGAGUUCAGUUCGUUUUUUGCUUUUGCUGGCAGCGGUUUCUGUUUCGGUUUCAGUUUCGAUUUCUAGACAAGAGCUAGAUCCGAGUACUUCAGUGACAAUGUUGCGAUUGGCCAGUUCCACCUAUAGUUCCAUAUGUUUGGUUGUCUGUUUGAACUUUUUGUGGCUGCUGCUGCUGACGACGACGUCCGCCAAGCCAACCGACUCCACUGAUUCUACUGCCAAGAAUGAAAUGCAACAUGUGACCAGCUUUGUGAACCAGAAACCGAAGUCUGGAGUCCGGGCGCAGUUCGAUUUUGAACAGAAUGAGGCAGAAGCGACCAACUCGGCGCACUUGCAGCAGCUCUUUUCCAGUUUGUUGCAGUUGCCGGGCAAUAUAAGUCUGCAGCUGUCUGUGGAGAACGACGACGAGCCGGUCAGUGAACGCAUCCAGCUGGACGACAUGGUGAUGGCUGGGGAGCAGCAUGAGGGCGUCACCGAAUCAUCCGAUGAAUGGCAUCGCAUUAAGCUGGCUAUUCCGGUCCUGGAGCCGGUAAAGCACCUGAUCAAUGCGGUAGGAGGCGGCGGAGUAAACGAUUCCCAUGUCAAGAGCAAUACCCAUCGCCUGAUUGGACACCAUGGCGUCCAUGAAACGCACCAUCCAGCCGGUAACAUCAGCUCUCCGGCCAUCGAAACGGAGGAGGAUCGGGAGACGGCCAUCGACAGCACCAGCUUCGAUCUCCUGGAGACGUUGGGCAGUGCCGGCACAGUGCUCCUUGGAAUCCUGCAGAAUCUCCGGAAGCUUUUCGCCGCUAGCGCCGGAAAUGCGAGCACAGCUUCCUCUGGCGGCGGCGGCGGUGGAGGAAACUAGUUGCUCCCGAAAUUCGUUCGGUGUUCUGUGAUUAAUACUAGCCUUACGUAAAUUGGAUUUCCUUCGCUUUUGACUUUUACUAAUUAAAAAAUAAAUACACGAAACAUGAUAAAAACUCGAACUUAAUUGAA